CAUGGCACAAGAAAGUUUUGAGAUCUGGACCAAUCAGAAGGCUUUCCCAGGUCUUUGGACCCUCCCUCCUUGACCAAUCACAGUCCUCGAUGGGUAGAAGGAGCCAACAACUCAACAACUAAUAAAAUGUUUCGCCACCGAUCACCGUUUCAAUUCACAACAACAAGUGUGUCAACAACAACGGAACUGAAGCUCUGAGAGUUUUAUCUUCCAAACCGCUUUGAGAUACACCACGAUUGAAAACCUGGAUAUCCGUGAUUAACUCCAGAGGAUUGGCUUCGACGUUUUGACUUUUGAAGUUGACUUUUCGUUUUCAACUGAAGACUUCUUACUUCAACGGUCCACUGACACUUGACGAUCAGCGCUUCUCUUUGGAUAACUUCACUUCUUCUAUCAAGUGCUCCGUGCACCCGUUUUCUUCUUGCAGAGGAGAUAUGACCGCAUUAGCGGGGGGCAUUUCCAGGAUGAUGCGCCCCACGCCACCCCAAAACUACCCGAGAGGAGGCUACUCCUUGGAGGUCUCCACGCCGUUAGGUCAGGGCCGCGUGAACCAGCUCGGUGGAGUCUUCAUAAACGGACGCCCUCUGCCCAAUCACAUCCGCCACAAGAUAGUAGAGAUGGCCCAUCACGGGAUACGACCGUGCGUCAUCUCCCGACAGCUGCGCGUCUCGCACGGAUGCGUGUCCAAAAUUUUAUGCAGGUACCAGGAGACCGGAUCCAUUCGUCCCGGUGCGAUUGGAGGCAGUAAACCCAAGCAGAGCGCAACUCCCGAUGUGGAAAAGAAAAUUGAAGAAUACAAGAGAGAGAAUCCAGGGAUGUUCAGCUGGGAGAUUCGGGACAAACUUCUGAAAGAUGGAAUCUGCGACCGAAAUAACGUGCCCUCAGUGAGUUCCAUCAGCCGCAUGCUGCGCUGUAAAUUUGGUGGAAACGGAGAUGAAGAUGAGGAUGAUGAUGAAGUGGAAAAAAGGGAGAUCGAGGAAAACGAAAGAAGAGCCAAACACAGUAUCGACGGGAUUCUCGGCGACAGAUCAAGCCACUCAGAUGAGGGCUCAGAUGUGGACUCAGAACCAGGUUUGCCCCUAAAGAGAAAACAGCGGCGCAGUCGGACCACGUUUACGGCUGAGCAGCUGGAGGAGCUGGAAAGAGCUUUUGAACGCACCCAUUAUCCUGAUAUAUACACCAGAGAAGAGCUCGCUCAGAGAGCUAAACUCACCGAGGCACGAGUACAGGUUUGGUUCAGUAAUCGAAGAGCUCGCUGGAGGAAGCAGGCAGGAGCCAAUCAGCUAAUGGCGUUUAAUCACCUGAUACCUGGUGGUUUCCCACCCUCCGCGAUGUCAAGUCUUCAGCCCUAUCAGCUGGCGGACAGCCCUUACCCUCCCUCAUCUAUCUCACAAGUGUCUGAUCAGCCCAGCACUGUGCACAGGCCUCAGCCUCUUCCCCCCACCUCAGUGCAUCAGACUGGGCUUGGCAGCGGACCGGGGGCCCAGGAGGGGAGUUCGGCCUACUGCCUCUCCUCUGGACGUCACGGCUUCUCUGGUUACUCGGAUGGCUAUGUGGCCGCGCCAGGCCAUGCAAACCCAGUGAACCCCACCAUCAGCAACAGCCUCCCAUCACAGGUGAUGGGGCUGUUGAAUCCGGGUGGAGUUCCCCACCAGCCGCAGAGUGAUUUUGCCCUCUCUCCGUUGACUGGCGGUUUGGAGCCCAGCACAGGCAUGGCUGCCAGCUGCCACUCCUCUCAGAGACUGGAGGGUCUGCCAGGCCUGGCCAGCAUGCCAACUCUGCCCAGCUCCCAGUCCUACUGCCCCUCCAGCUACAGUUCACCCGGGUACAGCGUGGACCAUGUGGCAUCUUACCAGUACAGCCAAUAUGGGCAGAGUAAGGUGCCUUUCAUUAUCUGAAACCCAGCAUCGAAUGAAGACAGACAGGAAGGAGAUGAAGAGAUCUAUGGAUGGUCUGACCGUAAACUCUUGCACUUGAGCUCUCCUUCACCUCUUGAAUGUUUGACCAAAACGACCAUCCAUCCUCAAACUCCCGCUCCUCACUGGGUCUCUGAGCGAGGAGCGUUGUGGAGAAGCCAGGAGUGACGGCGGUCCUCCCUAACACAUGUGGGUCCAAAGUGCGACUGAGUUGUUUUUACGAGGGGGGUAUUGUGGGGUAGGGUUGGGUUGGGUUUAGGACCAGGAUUGAGGUGUGUGGUGGACGGGUUAAAACCAGUCCGUACAUCCAUCCCAUUUUGGAGCAGGGUACUGCAUCACACAUUCUGACGACACUUACUGCCUCCUUCCUGAAGAGCGACAAGUCAUGGGACACACGACGGACAAAGGGAAAGGACAAAAAAGGACAAACUCAAAGACUGAGACUGUGCUUAUAAACAGCAUCGAAUGGCAGGGAAGAGUGUGGCGCCAUACUCUGAUAUCAGCUGUCCACUGACGGACGCACUUUAGUGGCUGGUUUGUGACGCAACUCGACGGUUGAGACACAUUUUUGUUUGAUUUUGUUGAUAUUUUUAGGAAAUAAGGGCUUGGAAAAGUCUGCCAACUUUCCUUAUUUCUCAUUCAUAAAUACACAAGAACAUGUUCACAUUCAGCACAAGUCAACGCUCUCAGGUCCUCUUCAGAGAGAGAAAGAGGGUGACCUAGAAGGAAUGCACUCAAGUGUCCAAUGGCAUUUCAGUCAUGUCAGAGAGAUAAACAUACUAACUGAAGAAGUGUGACCCCUUUAUUACAGUUCAUCUGAGCACACAUAAAAUAUCUUAGUAUGAGACAGAAGUGAUGUUCAGAAUGGAAUACUAUCGUAUCGCUUAUUGCAUACUGUAUACUACAGUAUAUACUAAAAUUGUUUGAGAAACAGAACUUUAUGCAACGAUAAAUAUUUUAAAUUGUAGUAUGCAACCUUGUGAAUGCUGUUGCAGUUUAAUGUCAUUUAGUGUAAAACAUCUUUAAAUGAAUCAAGAAAAUGAGUUCAUUGGUCACAAUGGAAUAGGAAGGUCAAUUUAAAUGCAUUGCAUUGUGGUAUUGCGUAUUUCACAGUGCAAUAGCAAAUGUAGAAGGUCAUCUAGUUAGUUUUGCUUGCAGAUAUGCAUACUGCAGAAUUAGUAUGAGUAGUAUGGUAGUACGCUAUUCUGAACAUUCUGAACGAACCCAAUGAAAGUGCAAUACACACUCAAUACCUCAUAAACACUCGUCUGUUCUCACUCGCUCAAGAUCAUCUGUUCUUAAACUGUGUUCUGAUUCCAGAUUAUGCAGCGUUUCAUAAUGCGGAUGUUUGUCGCUUUUAUUUUCACACUGCAGUUUGCAGACGAUUCAGAACUGAGUUCUUUGUUCUGUCUCUGUAACGUAAUGUUCAUCUGCCUUCACAUCUUAAGAAUUGGGGCAAUUAUUUUUUACCUUGUUUUUUAUACUUUAAUGUUUUUUGGUUCUCGACUGCAUAUAAUUGUUGAUGGAGAAUGUGUAAAAUGCAGCACUAUUUACUAUUUAUAAGAAAAAAUAAAUAAAUUGCAUUCAAACUUGUUGUUUUGAAAUUAUUGACAUUUUCUUUUUUCCCCUUUCUUUAUCUUUCCCAUCUUUUUUUGUCUCUCUCUUUUUUCCCCUUUCAUUUUUUAUAGUCCUUCUACAUUUUUGUGGGAAUAAACAACAAAUUGCAUUAUUUUCUGGAUCUUGUUUAACAUUUUUUAAAUUCUGCACCUGUGUAUGAAAUGCUGUUUUAGGGAAAUGAGCGUGACGGUUCAGUAUUUCUAUCAGAUUUAUUUAGCUUUAGCUUCAUAGAGCAGAUUUAUUCAUUCAGAAAUAUAUUCAGUUUCAUAAACACUCUUCUCUCCAGGGGCUCUUAUGACUGAAGCAGAGCUGGAAAACAUCAGACACUUUCUUUCUUUCUUUCUUUCUUUCUUUCUUUCUUUCUUUCUUUCUUUCGCUCUUUCUUUCGCUCUUUCGCUCUUUCUUUCGCUCUUUCUUUCGUUUUCUUUCUUUGCUCUUUCUUCCGCUUUCACUCUUUCUUUUGAAAGUUUGCUCUUUCACUCUUUCUUUCGCUGUUGUUCACUCCUUUCUAUCUUUCACUUUUUCUUUCACUGUCUUUUGCUCUUUUGCUUUCUUUUGUGCUUUCUUUCACUCUUUCUGCUCUUUUACUCUUUCUUAACCAUUCUUUCUUUCACUCUUUCUUUUGUUCUUUACUUUGCUUUCAUUCUUUCUUUCUUUUGAAAGUUUGCUCUUUCACUCUUUCUUUCACUUUUGUUCACUCCUUUCUAGCUUUCUUUCACUUUUUCUUUCACUCUUGUGCUCUUUUGCUUUCUUUCACUCUUUCUUUCGCUUUCUUUCGCUCUUUCUUUUGCUCUUUCUUUCGCUGUUUCUUUCCUUUUUCUUUUGCUCUUUUUUGCUCUUUUACUCUUUUUCUUUUGCUUUCUUUUUAUGCUCUUUCUUUCUUUCUUUCUUUCUUUCUUUCGCUUUCUUUCGCUCUUUUGCUCUUUCUUUCUUUUGCUCUUUCUUUCACUCUUUCUUUCACUCUUUCUUUUGCUCUUUCCUUCGCUGUUUCUUUCCUUUUUCUUUUGCUCUUUUUUGCUUUUACUCUUUUUCUUUUGCUCUUUCUUUCGCUUUCUUUUGCUCUUUCUUUUGCUCUUUCUUUCGCUUUCAUUCUUUCUUUUGAAAGUUUGCUCUUUCACUUUUUUACUCCUUUCUAUCUUUCUUUCACUUUUUCUUUCACUUUCUUUUGCACUUUCAUCAUUUCUUUUUCUCUUUCUUUUGCUCUUUUUUUGCUGUCACUUUUCUUUCUUUCUUUCUUUCUUUCUUUCUUUCUUUCUUUCUUUCUUUCUUUCUUUCUUUCGCUCUUUCUUUCGCUCUUUCUUUCAUUCGUAUUAAUGUGUGUGAUUGAAUGUAUAUGUCAGCUUUUAACAAGUAUAGUUACAUGUUUAGUUACAGUUUUUUUUACAAUCACUAGGACACAUUUCUCAAUACUUAGGUCACUUUUUUUUUAACUCUUCACACAUUGAGCAGAACAGCAGUCUUUGUGGGCUAAACUGUGGAUCAUGUAAUUGCUUUGGCACAAAAUGCAUUCAUUGACUACAUUUUUCAGUUUACAUGAAUUGUUUUCUCAUACAUAAACACCAAAACCUAAAGGCCAGUCUGCACAUGUUUGCAUACUCUUUUCAGAACUGUUAAACUUAAGUUCGAAAAACCUAACAUAAUACAAAAAUGGAUAAGCCAGCAAUUUGCUGCAUUUCUACUGUAAUAUCAUAUUGAAAUAAUAUAUUCUGAAUCUAAAAAAGAUGAAAUACUAUUAAAACAAUUACAUGUAGCUGAACACCUAUGCAGGUAUUAGUCUUUCAAUUUCAUUACCAUCUAGACAAAAGGGGAAACUUAGGAAUAAUUGUGUACUGUAAUGUAAACAUGGACUAUGUAACAUAUACUGCAGUGAAUUCUAAGCAGUAGAAAGUGUUAUUCUUAGUUUCUAAAGACAUUUUAGAACUGUGUGAAGUUUUGAAAAAGUGACCUAAGUAUUGAGAAAUGUGUCCUAGUGAUUGUAAAAAAAACCUAAAAACGAUAUAGUGCAAAAAAAGCCCCAAAUGUGUUUCCCAAUCUUUUUUUCCUUGUGUGUUCCCAUCCACAUAAAUUGACAAAAUGUACACAUUUUGUUUUCUUUCCUUAAAAGAUAACUGAAUGUUUUUAGCUAAUCAUUUUUUAAUCAUGAGAUUAUUUAUUGAAUUUAUCAAAUUUAUUUUUAAUUUCUAUUUUGCCCUCAUAUUUGUAUUUAAAUGCCAUCAUUUUUGUUUUAUGGGCUUUGUGAAAGCAGUUAAAAUCUUUCCAAGUACCCCCUAGAGUCUGCUUAAGGAUCCCCUGGGGUUGGGAAUCGCUGGUUUAAACCAUCCUUUGGACAUUAAAUUUAAUGUAGCACACCUUUAUGUCUUUUUACAUUUGUUUUUCACAUCCACAAAAUCUGGAUGGCUUUGCAAGUGUCCCUCUCUUUUGCUCCCUUUUCCAGCAUGGAGCCCGGUGUCAGACACAAUAACAUAUACUGGAGACAACUUAACCUUUGACCCCUCGCACUCUUUGAAAUCAGUAGACAAUCACAGCAUAGCUGACAGGGCAAGAGUUACUCUCCACUCCCCCACGUCAUUCUGAGACAGACGGCUGAAAGAGGAGAGAAACGGUGGAAAAAAAAACAACAGGGAGAAAAACAUGAAAGACAUGAGACUGUUUCUCGCAGUAACGAAUGACAUGGAAUUUGGUUAGUUGAACCUUUCGGCUCAUACAAACAUGCAGGACAGAAUGUGAGAGCAAAUAAUUCAGGAGUUCAACAACUUUUUGAAUGUUUUUUAAUGUCCUGAACAGCUACAUCAGUUCUGCAGAACUAAUCAUCACUGAAAUAUCUGCAGCAGUCAUUCGUUAUUCGUCAUUUUGAACUGAACCAACAUGGGUUGCAUGUCUGUUCUGAUUGGUCAUGGACAGUGCGGAAAAAGAUAAUGCUAAAUGCUAAGUGAUAAAAUGCAGCUAAAUAUAUAAUCGUGUAUAGUUACAAUGGCAAAUAAGCAGGCUCAGUAACUAAGGGGAGAAGAAAACACGUCCAGUCAAACUCUGAUGUGUUAUGCCGCAAAUUUAUGUCAUGCUCUUGGAAGAGACUACGGCCAAUUUAGACAGAUGCCAGUGUAGAUGAGUUGUGUCACGUUCUCAUGCUCAAAAACCAUCAAC